ACUCUCACAACAAACGAACAUCCAACCUACCACCUCCUUUCACAUUCUUCUUCACAAGAUAACUUUCAAUUCAUCAGCUUAAUUAACUAAACUAUUCAAUUCAAUUCCAACAACUUAACAAUGGAGAAAGACAAAGCUGCCCAAAUGGUACCUAAAGAAGAAGAAGAAGAAGACGAGCCCGAAAUCAACUACAGAGGAGUCAAAGCUAUGCCUUUCAUCAUAGGAAAUGAGACAUUUGAGAAGCUAGGAGCAAUUGGAACGUUAUCGAAUUUGUUAGUCUACUUAACGACUGUGUUUAAUAUGAAAAGCAUCACUGCCACAACUCUUCUUAAUGUCUUCAAUGGCACCACCAAUUUCUCAACCCUGCUUGGUGCCUUCUUGUGUGAUACUUAUUUCGGUCGUUACAAAACAUUAGGCUUUGCUUCCAUUGCAUCUUUCUUGGGAUUGCUGCUAAUUAACUUAACCGCGGUAUUUAAAGCACUCCAUCCGCCCCAAUGUGCAUCAAAGAAAGGUAGUACGUGCGUGAGUGCCACACCUUUUCAAUGGCUAUUUCUGCUAGCUGGAUUCGCGUUAAUGAUAGUGGGAGCAGCGGGUAUUAGGCCGUGUAACCUAGCUUUCGGUGCUGAUCAAUUUAAUCCACACACAGAAUCCGGAAAAAGAGGGAUAAACAGUUUCUUCAACUGGUAUUUUUUCACUCUAACAUUCGCCCAAGUGGUUUCGGUUACUCUUGUAGUUUACGUUCAAUCCGACGUGAGCUGGUCCAUCGGGCUAGCCAUCCCGGCUAUCUUCAUGUUGUUUUCGUGUUUCUUGUUUUUUGGUGGUACAAAAAUAUAUGUGAAAGUAAAACCGGAAGGAAGUCCAUUCACAAGUAUGUUGAGGGUGUUGGUUGUUGCGGUAAAAAAGAGAGGGUUAAAACUACCACAUGAAACACAAAGAUCACUUUACAAUUAUACACCACCGAAAUCAAUUAAUUCAGCUCUACCUUACUCGACUCAAUUCAGAUUUCUUAACAAAGCGGCGAUCAUAACGCCCGAAGACAAAAUCAACCCAGACGGAUCAGCAUGCUAUCCGUGGAAGCUAUGCAGCAUCCAACAAAUAGAAGAAUUGAAAUGUGUAAUAAAAGUAUUACCCGUAUGGGCUGCAGCCAUCAUAUACUCAAUAGCCAUGACCCAACAAACCCAAUAUGUUGUGUUUCAAGCCCUUCAGUCCAACAGACAUGUUUUCAACUUCCGAAUCCCAGCUGCUUCAUACACUGUCUUCACCAUGAUCACUUUAGUCAUCUUCGUGCCAAUAUACGACCGUCUCAUCGUUCCUCAGCUUCGUCGCAUAACUGGCAAAGAAGGCGGUAUCUCACUUCUCCAAAGAAUCGGGUUUGGGAUAUCUUUAACAGUUGUAGCUUCACUUGUUUCGGCUUUAGUGGAAGAAAAAAGGAGACAUCUUGCUGUUACAAAACCGACAUUAGGAUUUGAACCACAUAGAGGCGAUAUUUCAUCAAUGUCUGCAUUAUGGCUAGUUCCACAACUAUCAUUAGCUGGGUUUGCCGAGUCGUUUACUUCUAUAGGUUUAGUUGAGUUUUACUACAAACAGUUUCCCGAGAACAUGAGAAGUGUUGCUGGUGCAUUUUUCUUUUGCGGGAUGGCAGCAUCGAGUUAUUUGAAUAGUUUUUUGAUAACGGUUAUUCAUAUGACGACAAAAGGGGCACCCACUGGGAACUGGUUGCCUGAGGAUCUUAACAAGGGUAGACUGGACUACUUUUACUUCUUGAUAACUGCUAUGGGGCUUGGGAAUUUAUGUUACUUUUUGAUAAUUUCAAGGUGGUAUAGGUACAAAACUAGCGACGCCUCUGUACAUGGUGAUGGUGGUGCCAUGGUCGAGAUGGAGAAGAAAUCUGCUAAAUCUCAAGUUUGAACUGUAAAACAGAACGUUUAUAUAUAGAAAAUGAGAUUGCUAGAGUGGUAUAGAUUAUCUAGUGGCAGGUAUAAUUGUAUUCAAAUUAAGUUGCAUAUUUAUACUUCUGUAAUUCAUGUCUGUUGUUUUAA